GGUCCAACCGGAAACAUGCCAUGCUCGCUGAACACGAGCGCGAGCUUGACAGUGAAACGUUGCACGUCGAGCUGCAGUUUUCUGGACAGAAACAGCGCAUAAAACAGCGGAUCUCGGUCCGGGGGGGGCUGCAGACACAGCCGAGGGUCCGGCAUCAUGUCCGGCAUCCAGCUGCUCAGAGUGCUGGUGCACGAGCGGCUGUCCGCGGCCGCAGAGGAGAUCUUCGAGGCGGUUAGAAAGACCAUCGCGGGCUACGAGGAGGAGAUCCUGCUCUCCAAGCGGGAGCUCCGCCGGCAGCGGGGGGAGCUCCGCCGGCAGCGGGGGGGGCUGCGGACUGUGUCACAACCUGGAAUAAAGAGAAACAAACUCUCAGCAGACCAACCACAGCUGGCUCUCUCCGUGUGGGACGAGGACUUCCCCUCCGACCAGCAGGAGCACCGUGAUCGGGAGUGGAGAUCCGGUCUGGACCCGGAGCCUCCACAGACUGAGAAGAGCCGGGAGGAGGAGGAAGAGGAGGAGGAGGAGACCAUCAGGUUCAUCUUCACUCCUCCGGACGUGAAGAACGAGCUCGACCAGCCUAAAGGAGAAGAUCCUCUGCCGAGCACUUCAGCUGAGCAGACGAUGGCGGAGGGCGACGACGACGCAGCGUCCUCCAGCUGCUCUGCAGACGAGCACGACGACAGUGAAGACGAGUGGAUGGGUAGCGUGGGAUCUCAGAGCGACGACAGCGACAGCGAGUGGAAGAAGAGGCCUCGCCUGCCGAUGGCCCCAAAACUGCACCCGAGUAAAAAAGCAAAAUCACGAAUCUGCUGUAAAGUCUGCGGGAAAGCUUUUCACGCCAACGUGUCUUUGGUGAAUCACAUGGAGGUCCACCCGAAGGAGGUCUGCGGCGUGUGCGGGAAACGCUUUGAGAGCGAGGAGAGCUUUCAGCUUCACCUGAAGACACACGUGAACGCUGAAGUCUGCGGCGUUUGCGGGAAAUGUUUCGGCGCCUCGAGCUCUUUGGAGACGCACAUGAGGAUCCACACGGGCGAGAAGCCGUUUCACUGCAGCGAGUGCGGAAAAUCCUUCAACUGCCGCCACAACAUGAUGCGACACAUCAGGAUCCACACGGGGGAGAAGCCGUACCCUUGCACCGUCUGUGGAAAAUGCUUCAAUGACUACUCCACGUUGAAACGCCACCUGCUGGUUCACGUGCACGAGAAGAACCCGAGUAACUCGCCUGCUAACGAAAAUGAAAACGACAAAGACGUCGAGGACACGAUGAAGUCGUCGUCGUCGCCGUCGCCUAAGAAGCAGCAGACUCGGACCAUAUGUGAAGUGUGCGGGAAAAUGUUUCACUCCAUGGUUUCUCUGGUGAACCACGCCAAAUGUCACGCCACCGACCUCUGCGGCGUGUGCGGGACUCAUUUCGACUCUGAGGAAAACCUCAGGCUUCACCUGAAGACUCACAAAAACGGGAAGGUGUGCGAAGUGUGCGGGAAGUGUUUCGACAGUCAGGGGAACCUGGAGAUGCACAUGAGGAUCCACACGGGCGAGAAGCCGUUCCUCUGCAGCGAGUGCGGAAAAUCCUUCAACUGCCGCCACAACAUGAUGCGACACAUCAGGACCCACACGGGGGAGAAGCCGUACCUGUGCAACAUCUGCGGACGCUGUUUCAGCGACCACUCCACGCUGAAGCAGCACAGCAGCACGCACACCGGGGAGAAACCGCACCGCUGCGAGAUCUGCGGCAAAGGCUUCCACCGGAAGACGUACGUGAGGCUGCACAUGAAGAGCCACACGACGGAGAAGUGACGUGUGUGUGUGUGUGUGUGUGUGUGUGUGUGUGUGUGUGUGUGUGUGUGUGUGUGUGUGUGUGUGUGUGUGUGUGUGUGUGUGUGUGUGUUGGAAGGUGGACUAUAUAUAACUCUGAACUCUGCUUUGUCACUUUUGAUCAUUUAUAAUAAGUCACUCGUGAGGAGUGAAUAAAAAAACUUUGAAAUUAAAGAUUUUUACUUUUCAAAA